AAAUACAUGAUGAAGAUUUCAUUCUUGUUCUUUUUCUGCAUUUUUCCCCUUGUCCUGUCCGACCUUCAAGUUGGUUUCUACAGCUCCACAUGCCCGCGUGCUGAAUUAAUUGUUCGUCAAGUGGUUCAAAACCGAUUCAAGACUGAUCCUUCCAUAACUGCAGCCUUGCUUCGCAUGCAUUUCCAUGAUUGUUUCGUUAGAGGUUGUGAUGCGUCCAUACUUGUAGACUCUAACUCAACUAAGAGCAAGUCAUCGGAGAAAGAUGCUGGACCAAACCAGACCGUACGAGGAUUUGAGCUCAUUGAUGAGGCCAAGAAAACCCUAGAGGCUGCGUGCCCUACAACUGUUUCUUGCGCAGAUAUUGUAACAUUGGCAACCCGAGAUGCAGUGGCUCUAGCCGGAGGCUCCAACUACAGUGUACCGACUGGGAGGCGUGACGGACUAGUCUCUGACCCAACUGAAGUGAACGUGCCCGGACCAACAGACUCUGUAUCCGAUGCACUGGAAUCUUUCACUGCCAAAGGACUAACUCUAAAUGAUAUGGUCACCCUUUUGGGUGCACACACAGUUGGUGUUGCACACUGUUUUUUCUUUCAGGACAGGCUGUCCAAUUUUCAGGGGACCGGAAAACCUGAUCCUUCAAUGGAUCCUACUUUGGUUACCAAGCUCAGCAAGACCUGUGGAACCAAAUCAAGGAAUAAGAACCCAACUGUAUUUUUGGACCAAAAUACAUCUUUCGUGAUUGAUAACGAAUUUUAUAAACAAAUCAUGUUGAAGAGAGGAAUAAUGCAGAUUGAUCAAGAACUUAGUUUGGAUAAAUUAAGUGCACCUAUUGUUUCGAAUUUCGCAUCAAAUGGGAUUGGAUUUCAACAGAGCUUUGCAAAUGCAAUGGUGAAGAUGGGGAGCAUUGAAGUUCUUGUGGGAAAUGCCGGAGAAGUAAGGAAAAAUUGUAGAGUUUUCAAUUAA